AUGAUCCUCAACCUCUAUCUACAGUCAUUAGCGGAACGAGUCUUCAAGUCCCCUCCUGGCGCAUUCCCGCUGGCAUCUACAUAUCCAUCAAUGUCGACUCCCGGAGACGCUGGAAUCGGCCUGUGGAGGAAUACUGUAACUCUAUCAUCACACUCCUCACCUGCAUUGUCAGUGGAGAUCAGGGCAACCUUUGAGCUUGGUCGAAUGCUAGGGGGUGGAGAGGUCAUCGGAGCACUUCAAAUGUCGUGGGAUGAGCUACUCAAUCAUGGAGAUGAGCCAUUCGAUUUGUCCUUCCCACGCGUGCGCGGUGUCCACCCUUCCGUCAAGCUGAAGGCCGCCGUUGUACAUGCUUGCGACCAUCAGGACGACGUACUGUUUGAUGCGAGUGACUCCCUUGCAGACGGCGAAAUUGCUCGAGACACAGAUGCGGGCCACGCGCAAUUUGCCAAAUACGUGAGACGCAAGACGGUCUCUCACCUGAGCGAUGCUGUAGACCAUUUUCAGUUGGUUCUGGACCGGUGUUCGGUCAGCCAUCCAGACCAUGCAACGGCUCUCACCAACCUCGCGUGGGCCCGCCUUCAAGGCUACAUUCGAGAUGAUCUUCAGACAUCGAUGCAUUACUUCCCUCUUCCGCGAUACCCUCGCAUUGCGUCCGCAGCAUCAUCCCGAUCAUCUCUUAUCUCUAUACAAUCUCAUCCAAGCGCUGACUUGGCACCACAACAAGAAAAGUACUGCUGCCGACAUCCGGGAAGCUGCCAACUCUACCAUGAACUACUGCCUCUCUGUCCAGAGGGCACGUACCUUCGUAUCAUUGCAGCAGGGAAAAAUGGUGUCGAUCGUGUGAUCGGCGGAUGCAACAACCUUCCAACAGACGCAUCCGAUGAAGGCAUCCACCUUCGAAGAGUCGUCCUCGAGCUCUGUCCUCUGGGGCCAUCAACUCCGUCCCAGAUCCCUUGA